AUGGUGGACUUCAGGACUAUUCUCAAAGUCGAAGAUCAUUCACGGUCCCAACGCUCUCUCAAGGAUAUAUUCACUGGCCUUGUAGAAGAGCAGAUGUGCAUUUGGAUCGAAGCUCUAGAACGACCGAGGAGCAUCCUGAACAUGGAAUUGCAGCAAAGAUUGGCGCUGACCCUACUGGAACGUUCAAUCCCUCUUCAUAUAUCACGCCGUCAGGAUCUUUUUGCAGGGAAUUGGAAUCCCCUAAAAGUCAAAAUGACCGAAUAUAUGCGCAUUCUAGCUCUUGUGAUGCGCAAAAUGAUCUCCCUUCAUAUGGAAGAAGGUCUGGCCAGAGGUUCACGUUCAGGACCAGGAAUUUCUCUACUUCCAAAUGGACCAACAGUUGCGACUCCUUUGACUUGUGACUCGCGGAUUUAUUUGAGUCUAUGCGGCGAGAUUAUUGCCUACGACUUGAACUCUGAGCCUUCAAACCCACAGGUUGUCAUCGAACUUCUCAGAGCAACUAAAAGUGAACGAGGAAACUAUAUGAUAGCUGGAGCCUUCUAUCGCCGUAUGGGACAUCCUCAAAGCGCGAAAGCAGUAUUGCUCUCGAUGCUUGAAGAGUUCUCAGGUACAAUUGACUCUGAAUUCCUUCGACCCGCAUAUCUUCUAUUGUCCGGAUGCGAACUCGAUAUAGCCAGGGUAAACAAAGCGGCUAACACAGAUGCAUCUGUGCAGUACGCAGCGGCCCAGACAUGGUUGCAAAAGGUUUUUGGGAAGUCAAGAUCUCGUGAUGUCUCAUCUGGACAAAAAGAAAACCGACAAGAAUUGGGAGCGGCGAGAAGCGCCGCAGAUAACCGAAUGUGUACAUGCGGUGGAGAAUAUAAAAAUCCAAAGUUUCGAGGACAGAUCAAUAUCAUGGAGCGCGAAAUUCAAUGCCUCAGAGAUCGGAAUACAAAUCAACAGAAACAGCUGUCCAAUUUGCGGUCGUUGAAGCGCAAACUGGAGGACGAUGUCUUCUAUGAGAGGGAUAUGCGUCGCAAGUAUCAACGCCAAUUGGAGGAUUUGGAAAGAAUAUAUCCGCGAGAGAGGGAGGCGCAUGUAUUGGAACUAGCCUCGGGGCACGUAGACAGAGCAUGA